AUGAAAAUGUUUUAAAACAAUGUAUAUGAAAAAGAACUAAAAAAAGCCAUGUUUGCAGAUUAAUAAUAACUAAAAACUAGGUUGAUUUCUAAAUUAAGGAAACCGUCAAUGAAACAUGAUUAUAAUAAAAAGAAACUAGGCAGUAUAAUAUUUUGAAUAGAUUUAAGUUUUUGAAUUAGAUAGAAAAUUUAAGGAGGAAAACUUAAGAUGCAUAAUAUGUUAAGAUUAUUUCUAAAAAUUUACCUUAACAUUUUGUGGACAUUCCUUUUGUUAUUUGUGUAUUUUCGAGCAUUUAUUAAAAAGUCAUGUAUAUAAAAAUUUUUUAAUAUCCAGAAAUGUCCUAGUUGUUUUACCACCAUAAAAGGACUUCAAUUUAUCUAUUGUAAAAUCAUAGAUGGUUUCAUAUAAUCUCAAGUAGUUAUAUCUUCUGAAAAAAAUAAUGCUUUGUACCUUUCUCGGAAAAAAGAUUUAAAAGCAUGGAAAGCCAAGAAAAAAAUCUAGACUUUUAAUGUAGGCGAUUUAGUGGACAUUCUGGAUACUGAACAUAUAUGGUGUGUUGGUAGGAUUUUGAACGUAAGAUAAAAAAAGAAAGAAAAUUAUAUCUUAGUUCAUUAUCAAGGAUGGAACAAAAUUUAUGAUGAAUGUAUAUCCAUUCAUUCGCCACGAUUAUCUCCCAUAGGACUGUUUACCAAUAGGAAAGGUAGAUAUUCAUUAUUAUUUUUGAGACAUCCUAUUAUAUCAACCAACCCUUAAUGAAAAUACAAUGUCAAAUUAUAUAAGAAGAAUUGAACAUCAAUAAAACCAAGAAUUAGGUCUAUUAAAUUACUUAAUUUUGUAACAAUAGAACUAGGGCUAAAACUUUAUCAUGGCCAUUGAGUCUGCUGAUAGGAACACUCUAUCAAGUUUAUUAUCGUUAGUAAUUUAUAUUAGAGAAAUGUCCAAUAAUCAAAAUUCAUGA